AAUUUCUAUAAAAAUUUUCUUCUUGAGCCACGGUUUAAAAACUAAUUUUUUGGAAUUAGUGAGAAAUAAAAUUUCAAAGGCCUAUUGUGAAAAUAUUGUGAUUAAAAAAUUGAAAAUUGGGAAUCACGUUUAAUGAAAACUGCGGCUUGAGCCAGUCUACCAUCAGAAUUUUCCAAUUACUAGCCAACGUCAGCAUAUUUCGAGUGUCUGGAAAAACCAUUAGCCAGCGAAAUUAACCAGAAAGUCUUAAUUAAAGUGCCAAAAUGGAACUUACAACAAAAACCCCACAUCAUUCUUUGAUUUUAACACUGAAAAUUGUGCUUGAAAGUGCAUAUGGUGGAGCGACAAGACAGAACAAAGAAAACCAUAGAAAAUGGUGCUCCAAGGGGCAAAGCAGCGACUAGCAGCAAAAACUUGAAUACGUGCGUGCUGAGUAUGUAGCAUGAAGCAAGCGCACUGCCUGCAGUCGCAGCGCAGCCAGCGCCAACUUUUCUCUACAUGCAACUGCAUUUUGUACGUAUACAAAGAAAACGGGUCUUUGUUCUGCAUGACGAGGCGCAAAUCGAUGGCCAGCAACAACUACAUACAGAUCAUGGAGAAGGAUAAGACAUUAGUCAGUCAAGCCUGCUUUGCCAUAAGAGAGCUACGGAAUGGAAUAUUAUAAGAGAUUUUACAAAUCGAAGCUUAAAUGGCUGAUAAACUAUUGACUGUUGACGAUUCGUGAGCUGGGGCUGGCAGGACUUGGUAUUUAUGACUACUAUUCUACUUGCAACAAAGCAUCCAUCGCUAUCGAUCCACCAAAACCACAAACAGCCACUAAAUAUAUACUAAGUAUAUCCCAGGCAGCGUAAAAGCGUAUCAUGCUAAAUAUCACAUUAUCUAUCUACAAUAUCUGUAUAUUUGUAUCCAUUUAGAGCGUAAGUGUAUUUGCAGGUCCAUCAUCACAAAACCAAACCAAACCAAACUACAACAAAUCAACGCAACGCUAAUCAAUACUUUCUCUAUAUGCCAUAUAUAUAUAUAUACUUACAUAUAUUCUUUUGUAUCCGACCAACUCUACAUAUGAUCUUCAACUUACGAAUCGUUCGAUUUGCAGCUCCCAAGUACCAAACAGCCUAUGCCUGCGAGGGCAAGAAACUGACCAUUGAGUGCGAGCAAGGAGAGCUAAUCAAUCUGAUACGGGCCAACUAUGGACGCUUCUCAAUUACCAUAUGCAACGAUCAUGGCAACGUGGAAUGGAGUGUUAACUGCAUGUUUCCCAAGUCCCUCACGGUUCUGAAUUCAAGAUGUGCUCACAAGAACAGUUGCAGUGUGCUGGCGGCGACCAGCAUGUUCGGGGACCCCUGUCCCGGCACACACAAAUAUCUCGAGGCACAUUAUCAGUGCGUUUCGGCGGCGCAGACGUCGACCACGACGAACAGACCCAGUCCACCGCCAUGGGUGCUGAACAAUGGGCCGCCAAUCUUUGGCAAUGGCAGCGGUCUGAUACAUCCGACGAAUAUCGGCGGCGGAUCUGGAGGUGCGUCUGCUCCGCCCCGUCUGCCGACGUUGCCUGGCGUGGUGGGAAUCAAUGGAAACGGUGGCAUGUUUAAUGUACCACCACCUGCCACGCAUGCCACGCCGCCGGGCAGCACAGCCACCCUGCCGGGCGGACGUCUCAAGGGAGUAGCGACCUCCACCACUACCACCAAGCAUCCAGCUGGUCGUCGCGAUGGUCUACCGCCGCCGCCACAGCUCCAUCACCAUCACAACCAUCACACAGACGAGACCACGCCCACCAAGCCCAGCGGCAAGGUUCCAGCUGCAAGCAAUGCCACAGCACCCUCAAAUACUCGCAUCCUAACUGGAGUAGGAGGAGGUGGAACUGAUGAUGGAACGCUUCUAACCACAAAGAGCUCUCCCAAUCGGACUCCGGGAACAGCGGCCAGUGGCCCAUCGGUGUCAAGCAACGGAAGCGCUGUACGAACCAUAAAUAACAUCAAUCUAAAUGCUGCUGGCAUGGCCGGAGCCGAUGACGAGACCAAGCUCUUCUGUGGUCCCACCCAUGCCAGGAAUCUCUUCUGGAACAUGACCCGUGUGGGGGAUGUGAAUGUUCAGCCGUGCCCGGGCGGUGCCGCCGGCAUUGCCAAAUGGCGCUGUGUGCUGAUGAAACGAAUGCCAGAUUCAAGCUUCGAUGAGGACGAUGAAGAAAUGGCUGGGACCAGCACCACGACCCCCAUGCCCACCAGUGGCGACUGCCUGCACAAUAGCAGCAGCUGUGAGCCGCCAGUGACCAUGGCCCACAAGGUCAAUCAGCGUCUGCGAAACUUUGAGCCCACCUGGCAUCCACUAACGCCAGAUCUAACGCAGUGUCGCAGCCUGUGGCUAAACAAUCUGGAGAUGCGAGUGAACCAACGAGACUCUUCUCUGAUUUCCAUUGCCAAUGACAUGUCCGAGGUUACGAGCAGCAAAACCCUCUACGGCGGGGACAUGCUGGUCACCACCAAGAUCAUCCAAACCGUGUCCGAGAAAAUGCUGCACGACAAGGAGACUUUCCCCGAUCAGCGGCAGAGGGAGGCUAUGAUCAUGGAACUCCUGCAUUGUGUGGUUAAAACUGGCUCUAACUUGCUGGAUGAGUCGCAGCUGUCUUCGUGGCUGGAUCUCAAUCCUGAGGAUCAAAUGCGUGUGGCCACAUCCCUGCUAACAGGCUUGGAAUACAAUGCCUUCCUUCUGGCCGAUACGAUUAUCAGGGAGCGCAGUGUGGUGCAAAAAGUCAAGAAUAUAUUGCUCUCGGUCCGAGUUUUGGAAACGAAAACAAUCCAAUCCAGCGUGGUCUUCCCGGACUCUGAUCAGUGGCCUAUCAGCUCUGACCGCAUCGAAUUGCCCCGAGCUGCACUCAUUGAGAAUAGCGAAGGCGGCCUGGUGCGUAUUGUAUUUGCCGCCUUUGAUCGCCUGGAGUCCAUACUGAAGCCCAGCUAUGAUCACUUUGACCUGAAGAGCUCUCGCAGCUAUGUGCGCAACACAGCAAUCUUGACCAACGAUAGCGAUGCUAGUGCGGGGGAUUUGCAGCAGCGCUUGCGCAUAUUAAACAGCAAGGUGAUCUCGGCCAGUUUGGGCAAGGGCCGACAUAUACAGCUCUCGCAACCCAUUACCCUGACGCUAAAGCAUUUGAAAACGGAGAAUGUGACCAAUCCCACCUGUGUGUUCUGGAACUAUAUUGAUCAUGCCUGGUCUGCCAACGGUUGCAGUUUGGAGUCAACCAAUCGCACGCACAGCGUCUGCAGCUGCAAUCAUCUAACCAACUUCGCCAUACUCAUGGAUGUGGUGGAUGAGCACCAGCACUCGCUGUUCACAAUGUUCGAUGGGAAUAUGCGCAUCUUUAUCUACAUCAGCAUCGCCAUCUGUGUGGUCUUUAUAGUUAUUGCACUGCUGACAUUGAAGCUUUUCAAUGGGGUAUUUGUCAAGUCUGCACGCACCUCGAUUUAUAUCAACAUUUAUAUUUGCUUGCUGGCCAUUGAGCUGCUCUUUCUACUGGGCAUUGAACAGACCGAAACAAGCAUCUUCUGUGGUUUCAUAACCGUUUUCCUCCACUGUGCCAUACUCUCUGGCACCUCCUGGUUCUGCUACGAAGCCUUCCAUUCGUACUCCACUCUCACUUCGGACGAGCUGCUCCUGGAGGUGGAUCAGACACCGAAAGUGAACUGCUAUUACCUGCUGUCCUAUGGCUUGUCGUUGAGCGUGGUGGCCAUAUCGCUGGUCAUUAAUCCCAGCACUUACACCCAAAACGAUUAUUGCGUCCUUAUGGAGGCCAAUGCUGUGUUCUAUGCCACCUUUGUUGCUCCAGUGCUUAUCUUCUUUAUGGCUGCCAUUGGAUACACCUUCCUCUCCUGGAUUAUCAUGUGCCGCAAGAGUCGGACCGGAUUGAAGACCAAAGAGCACACACGCCUUGCCACUGUUCGCUUCGACAUACGUUGCUCGUUUGUGUUCUUCCUGCUGCUCAGCGCUGUUUGGUGCUCAGCCUAUUUCUAUUUGCGCGGAGCUAAAAUGGAUGAGGACGUGACCGGCAUCUAUGGAUAUAACUUCAUCUGUUUCAACACCCUCUUGGGACUCUAUAUCUUUGUGUUCCAUUGCAUCCAGAAUGAGAAAAUUCGCCGAGAGUAUCGCAAAUAUGUGCGACAGCACGCAUGGCUUCCCAAGUGUCUGCGUUGCUCCAAGACCUCAAUUUCUUCAGGUAUAGUGGCCGGAGGUGGUACUGGACUUGGUGGCACCAACGCUGGAACGCUAUGCAGCGUUUCGACUGCAAAGAAAUCCAAACUACCGUUGGGGACAAAUGAUGACGCCCACGACGAGCAGCAGCAGCAGCAGCAGCAUAUGUCGGCUACCGAAGAUGCCAUCAUGGGCGCCAGUUCCGAUUGUGAGCUCAACGAAGCCCAGCAGAGACGCACAUUAAAGAGCGGACUAAUAACGGGCACCCUGCAGCCAUCUCAGUCUCUUGGCGGUCAUGUAGUGCUGGAAAGAGGAAAUACUUUGCGCUCCACCGGUCAUGCAUCGCCAACGAGCUCGGCAGGAUCAACUCACCUGAUAUUCGCCCACAAGCAGCAGCAGCAACAGCCACCUUUGGGGGAGGCCUAUUACCACCAACCGGACUACUACAGCUGGAAGCAGACGGCUGGCGGGAUGAAGGCCCAAAGGGAGUACUACAACAACGCUGGGGCAGCAACAUCCUCUCCGCAGCAGGCCCAUGAGGUGUUCUACUGGACGCAAAAGCCAAACAGCCAGCAUGGCAAGAAAAAGAGGGGUGGCGUAGGAGCUAUUCCGGCCUCUCCGAGUGGUUCCCUGCACAGCCGGGCCACUGCAGCCUCCCAAGUGCUGUUCUAUCCAUCGUACAAGAAGACCAAGCCAGGACAACAAGCACAUCCGCACUAUGCAGAGGCCCUGGACCCACCACAGCCACCAAACGCUGCUGCCUAUUAUCAACAGCAGCAGCAGCUGCGCCAACAAAGGCAACAACAGCAGCAGCAACUCUCCUCCGAUGAGGAGCAGGCCGAGCAGCAUGCUCAUCUGUUGCACUUGCAGCAUCAGCAACAACAGCAGCAGCAGCGACGAGCUGGUGGCCAGCAACAGCUCCCUGCUCCGCCGCCGCACAUGGCGCAGUAUCAGCAGGAGUUCAUGCAGCGUCAAUAUAGAAAUAAGCAUUCCAACUGUGAUCUGGGCGAUGCCUACUAUAAUCAAGGCAGUGUCGGCGGAGCGGAUGGCGGGCCUGUGUACGAGGAGAUACUCAGUAAUCGCAACUCUGAUGCCCAGCACUACGAAGUGGGUGACUUUGAUGUGGAUGAGGUCUAUAACAACAGCGUGGGCACCGGCGUUUUUAACAACAUGCGUGCGGCAGUGGCUGCUGGCGGUAGUCGCUAUGGUGGCAGUCUAAGUGGAGGUAGUGUCUCAUCCCGAAACCAACAGCAGCAGCAACAUUCGCUGGCGCAGCCAAUAUCUGCGAGACGUUGCACUGCCGACGAGGACGACGACGAGGAUGAGGAUGAUGAAGAGACAACUGCCGCAGAGCAACUGCACGAUGGCGUCUGUGAUGAGGAGGAGGAAGACGAGGAAAGCGAUAUGGAGGAUGAUUCGCACGGGUUACCACCCCAAAGUGCUGAGCGAAUGCGUCGAUUAAUGGCGCUACAGGAUGAGGACUUUAAACGGCGGUUUCAGCGUCAGCAGCGCAAGCAUGGAGCGCCCGUUGAUUAUGGAACGCAACCCCCCGGAACAGCGCAAGCAGUAAUAGAAGGAGCGCACCCAGAACGCAAUGGUGCGGUUUUUGGGGUUAGCGGCGGCGUUGGUGAGGGCUCCAUGCGGGGCGCGCUUAGGCAACAGCAGCAACAGCAUGCCAAGUCACCGAGCGCCCGUUUGGCGGUAAACGAGCUAUUUGGUCACGGCAACGCCGGACCACCGCUGCCACCUGCCAAUCAGACGCCUGCACAGAAGCGGCAACAGCUUCAGAAACUAUCACCGCAGUCCACAACAUCAUCGUCGUCGCAUACAUCACACAGUAACCCCCAUUCGCAUCCCCCUCACCAUCAACAGCGUCAUCUAUCGGCCAUGCUGGAUGAGAACAACACGGUGCGCUGCUACCUUGAGCCGCUUGCAAAGUAGGGCAGCGCAGCCACUGGAUACCCGGAACAGUCUUAGGCAAAAAUUGUAGCUUAGGGUCUCUAGCUAUACCUAGUAUUAGUCGUUAGUCGAAAAUAUGGAGCAUUGUGUGAAACAACAUGCUGUCAUACUAUACGUGCAGUGAUUCUAGAAUCCCAAAACUUUAUGAAUGUAUAUGUAAUAACUCAAAUCUAGACGAUAGGCCAACAACAGAAGACACAUAGAAAAACACACGAAGACCAGACCCAACACACGGAGCAAUGCAAGCUUAACCUAAAUAUAGGAGGGACUUGAUUUGUCUGUCCUUCAACUUGCAUGCAUUUUAUACCAACUUCGAAAUCGAUCUAUUAUGAUAUAUAAAUGUAUGUACUAUAUGUAUAAUGUAUUGUAAUACAUGUCACCACAUGCCAUUUUAAGUAGAUUAUCAAUAAUAUUAAACAAAACCCAAAUAUAUAUAUGAAUGUGUAUGUAUAAGAUCUGAGAACUGUAAAUGUACAUUAUCUAUUGAAUGCUGGCGGAUUAUGUUUUAUGUAUUUUGUAAGGAAUCAAUUGUUUAUUUGAUUUGCCGCUGAUUAUUAUCGUAAGAUAUAUAGAUAUAGACACACGCAGGCUUAAGAUUUGUUUCACGUUUCAUUCACCAAAAACAGAAGAAAACGUGCUUUAAGAACUUUCGUUGAAAAGGUCUACUUUUUAAUUUUGUAUCUUUGUAUUAUCCAACUGCCGCUUUACACCUCUGAACCAAAUAUUCCUUCCAAUUACGAAGCAAAUGUUAAGAAACGAUUUUGAGCGGAAUUCUAAUGCCAUUUUUUUGUUGCAUCUGUAUUUCUUUUAUGUUUUAUGCGAUCCAGAGCGAAGCAUUUCAAGUGUACAUUUUCAUCAACAUAGAUGCUUUAAGCACACACACAUGAAGGCAUUUAUUUUGUAUUUUUUUGAAGAGAACUCUUAAUUGCUUUAUUAUUUAUAUAAUACCUAUAUACUGAAAGAUAAAUAAAUCGAAUGCAAUGCUAUGUAAA